AUGGUGAAACGUGCACUCAACGACGAUUCAGUGCCCGCCAAGCGCGCACGGCGGCUGUUUCGCCUUGUAGACAGCACGUACACGCGUUCAGCGUACAUCGAUCCUUCCCCUGCGCACGCGUACGUGACCAUCAAAUUCAAGUUUCCGUCGACAACACACAUUGAUCCCGUGGUGCGAUACUUUCUACACAACGAAACGUUGGAGGAAGCCCAAUUUGCAGUCACUGACUACAUAUUGUCUAGCCCUGGCGACUUUAAGCUCGUCGACGCACAGUUGAAUGCGCUCCCCCUGACCAAGCAGCUGUUCUGCCACACAAUGCCCGGGGGUAGGUAUGUGUUCAACGUCCACGAAAUAUAG